CCCGCUCCCUCUCUCUCUCUGUCUUUGACUCUUCCCUUCCUUUGCCUACCGCUCUCACGGGGCCUCGUCAUCACGUCCCUGCUCUACAACAUCACUUUCCUUCCCCCCUAUUACCCACGUCAUCCUCCCCGUCACUGUCGGACUGAAGCCAUGAUCGUCGGGGUUUAAAAUUGGUCAACUCUCGUCGACGGAAGCCCGCCUGCCUCUUCGCGCCGUCAGCUGUCACCCUCUUUGCUCUUCGUCCCUGGUGGUCUCGACCCCCCUCCUCGUCCCACCUGUCACCAUGUCUCUGCCAGAGUUGAACGACUCCCCCUUGCCGAAAGACUCCCACCAGUACGAUCCGGUCAUGCAAUCGGAGCCGGAGCCGGACUCGCCCGCCGUUUCCUCCUCCCCCAACCGCCCUCGUACCCUCCGGCAAAGGAUAUCUGCCGCCGUCGCCAAGUCUGGCUCCAAACCGCUGCUAUGCUUUCUGCCUCUAGGCCUUGUGGCAGACGUGUUGCAUUGGAACCCCGUGUUGGUGUCCAUCUACAAUUUCCUCGCCGUCAUUCCCCUCUCCGUUGUGGUUUCAGACUGCUCCGAUGAGUUGUCCGACUCCCUAGGGCAGCUCAUGGGGGGUUUGAUCAAUGCUACCUUUGGCAACUGUGUCGAGCUGUCGACCGGCAUCUUGGCCCUCACGCGUGGCGAAAUAUAUUUUGCGCAAUCUGUCAUGAUUGGGAGCAUUCUGUCCGAUCUACUGCUUAUCCUCGGUUGCUGUCUCGUCGCCGCCUCGUACAAUACCUACAUCCUCCAUUUCAAUAAACCCGUCACCGGCGCGCUCGCUUCGUUGAUGGUGGUCACCUCAGUCGGACUGAUUUUGCCCUCCGUCCUCUAUUCCACAUUUCCUUUCGACCUUGGGGACCAGAUCGUAGCGUUUUCACGUGGCACCUCUGCCGUUCUACUUGCGCUAUAUGGUGGAUAUCUUUAUUUUCAGCUGGGGACCCAUAGUCACCUCUUUCUCCAAGGGGAGACUGAGAGCAACUCCUCGCGGGAGUCACAGCGCAGCAUGAACUGGCUCACAACCACUCUGAUCCUAUCCGCGUUAGCCAUAGUUGUCUGCACGAAGAACAUCAUGGACAGCAUCCCCGCAACCGCUGCAACCCUAAACAUUUCGAAGACGUUCAUUGCGACCAUUCUCAUCCCCAUAAUCAGCAACAGUUGUGAAGGGGCAGUGGUCAUCACUGCCUGUGGUGGUGGCGGCGAUGUGAACUUCGCCAUCAGUAUGAUUGUCAGCAGUAUCCUACAGAUCGGAUUGUUUGCCAUCCCUUUCCUAGUCAUGCUGGGUUGGGUCAUGGGUACGCCGAUGACCCUGUAUUUCGAAACCUUCCACACCGUGGUUCUAUUCUUCUCCGUGCUGCUGGUCAAUUGCAUCCUGCAGGAUGGGAAAUAUACCUAUAUUCACGGAAGUAUGCUGGUUGCGAUGUAUGCGAUUUUGACGCUUGCUUUUUACGUUCGGUAGGCAGUAGCCUUAAUGUUUUGAUUUCAUCCUCUGCGGUCUUUGGAAUCUGCGUUAUUGCUGGGAAUGCGGGUUUUCGGGCAUAUGCGCCAGAUUUAUAGUAUAUACACACAUCUACAUAAACCACGUUGAUAAUGCAUAGGACUCAACA